ACACCCCUCAGCCUCAAAGAUACCCGGUUUUUACAGCCACUUCUCUGAGACGUACGUAUUUGUAGCAUUCCAAGACCUCUUCAGCCACCCUUCAAAUCUGCAGCAUCAUAAAUAUGGCUUCGCACAACACCGACAACCCAUGGCAAGACCAGCCCAGUCAGCAGCAAAGCUACCAAAGCCAAAAUACGUACCAAACCUAUCAAAAUCAGUCUCACAACCCAUACUCUCAACAAAUGCCACCAAAUCCGCUAGGCCAACACCCUCCUCAGCAACAUGAUACAUCUCCGUGGGCCCAAGAGACCGGCCAGACCCAAUCUCACAACCCUUACGCGCAGACUACCCCUCAGGAGACUUCUCAACACUCAUACUAUCAACAAGACACACCACAGCAACCCUACCAAGGUCAGACACCGAAUACUACUCAAGGAGAGGUCCCACCUGGUCUGCCACCCCGCCGCACAGCUACGGAGAUGGCGCUCCCUACUGGGCAAGACCGCUCUCACCAGAUCGAGGUCAUGCAGAGCUAUGAAGCGGCAGGAAGGAAAGACGAUGACGACGAAAAUGUCGAGAUUCUCCAGCGCGAGUUUCCAAAGCUCGAUGGAAGCCUUAUUGCCGCUAUUUACGGCGACAGUAAGAGUCUAAGUGCGACUAGGGAGAUGUUACAGGCGUUGGAGUAGAUGGAGGGGUCCCACGGAAGUUGGGGUCAGAUUGGAGAGGCACUAAGCGGACCCGGAUGGGUUGGAGAACGAAAGUAUACUUGGGGAUCGUAAUGUAUCUUGUUGGAGGCCUAUGUGUGCAUGGCUCUUCCCCCUGUUAGUAUUGAGUUUAUCGUGCAGUUUAAAUCGUCGACAACCUCUGAGGUUCGCCAUGCAACCGUCUCCACCUACAUUGUAUCCACUGAACCUCACAACAUCGUUACGAUAAUACUAUGAGUUCCACAUGCAGUGAGGAACAAUAAAAUCAACCCUCAAGUAAUACGAGAAGUAGGCCGAUUUGCGUG